AUGCCCGCCCUUCGUUCGCUUCUGCUGUUUUCAGGGGCCCUGUUCUCCGCCCGUUUGGCCGUUGCCGACUCGUGUACUGCCACCGAUGUGAUCGAGGGCGGUUCAUCCAGCUAUUCCUCCUACUGGAGUAUGAGCGCUGGCCCGGAUCCGGAGACGUUUCCCACCAUAAGCACCGGGGGUCCCGACGGGGGUGCCUACCUAGAAAUCUCCGACUGGAGGUAUUACUAUGUGAUCGUCCGUCAAAACAUUCCCUCCAUGGUCGUCGGCGACACCUACGAUUUGUCGCUGGCAUGGUCAAUCUCUACCAACACUAGCACCACGUCUGAAUGUACACUGGAAGUUGCUGUCAACUCGGUUUCCUUCGUUGGUGCCGGCGCCGGUAUCAGCCCUGGAGGGCAUUCCAACUGGGCUACCGUAACCGGAUCAUAUGUUGCCACCAAGUCGACUGGAGUUCCCUUCGUGAUCAGCAUCAGCUGCUCUCAAGGUGGGGGCUGGGAAGGAAACCCCAUCAUUGGACUGGCCGACAUUUCUUUGACGAGUGUGUGCAGCUCAUCUUCGACAUCGAGCAGCUCCGUGGCGACCACCAGGUCUGCUACAGCCGUCUCGAGCACCGUGAGCACCAGCAGCGACGAUUCCCUCGGCGCUAUCACGACGAAUGCGUGGAGCACCUUGACGCUUCCUACCACCACCGCCACAACUGAUGCCAGCAGUGCUACUACCACCGCAACUGCUUCCUCGUCUAGCACAUCAUCCAGCACCGCUACAUCCGGAUUGACCGCUUCCACAGGCACCGCGCAGACGAAUGCUGACGGCACAACCACAGUGAUCGCUGACAGUACGAGUGGAACCUCUCUCGAUGCCUCCCAAACUGUCGACAGCUCCGAUGAUUCUGCCUCCGUGUCUGGAACCUUUUCCGUCUCAUCAGCCGAUACAGUGACCACCAAGAGAAAGAGAUCCGCUGCUGUUUCGUGCACAUUGAGUGUUUACCAGGACACAACUCUCCUAGACAGCACAACUCUCACUGUGGGGUCAUCUUCCCCCUUCUCCGCCUGUUUGGGUAGCCAGUCUUCGGAUUCCUCUUCUGUCUCGGUCAGGGUAGUCUGUACCGGCCCUGGAGCCGUGGUGGAAGUAUCUGGAUUCGCAGUCGACAACACCGUCGCUGCCGUUGAGCAGUGUGUCGCUUCCGCUGCUGCUGCGGCUGCUGCUACUGCUUCCAGCUCGCAGGUCGUUAUUCCAGGCUCCUCCACAGUCCUGUCCAUUGGUACAUCGUCGUCCACUCUUUCAUCCUUCGCUUUGUCGUCAUCCAUUCUUUCGUCCUCUGCCCUUUCAGCAUCCACUCUUUUCUCAUCCACUCCUGGGCCGGCCACUUCCGGCCUCCCAGCCUCGGGAACCCCAAACUUGAUUAUCGGGUCAAGCUCUAGCAUCGCACGAUCCUCCGGCCUUAUCAGAUCCACAACCACAGGCUCCCAACCCACUGCUGUGUCUGGUCCCGGUGUUCCGCAUGCUUCAAGUGUUAUUCCAUCCGGUGCUACCAGCUCUCAGCUGCUUGUCGUAUCUAGCUCUGCUGCUGUUUCAGGUUCAUUAAGGUCAUCCUCUGCUCUUGUCCAUACGUCGUCUGGAGCUCGGGUUACUGGGUCUUCUUCCGCUGGUUCUACCUCUGGCUCCUCUGGCUCCUCUGGCUCCUCUGGCUCCUCUGGCUCCUCUGGCUCCUCUGGCUCCUCUGGCUCCUCUGGCUCCUCUGGCUCCUCUGGCUCCUCUGGCUCCGAACCAGGUACCGGUUCGGGCUCGGAAAGAUUUACCACCUCGGUGGUAUCCCAUACCUCAGUGUACACUGUCACUGCUUGCCCGUCUUCAGUCAAGAACUGCCCGGCAUCCGGCCAGACCACAUACCUGACGACUGAGACCAUUGUCGACUACACCACGAUCUGCCCGGUGACUGCUACUGAGACCGGGGCCACGUUCACAGCCACUCCCUCCAUAACCCGCGGAUCUGAGGAAUACACCACCUCUACCGUGUACGCGACAUCCACACAUACAGUGACUGCAUGCAAAUCCAACGUGAAGAACUGCCCAGCUUCGGACAGGACAACCUACCUCACCACCGAGACUGUUGUAGAUUACACGACUGUUUGCCCUGUGACAGCUACCGAGGCGCGUGCCACUGCCACGCCCGCUAUUGUGUCUAUCACCCCUGGGAGCGAAUACACGACCUCGACUGUGUAUGCCACAUCCACACACACCGUCACGGCAUGCAAGUCCGGCAUUAAGGACUGCCCAGCAUCAGAGAAGACAACCUACCUCACGACCGAGACCAUCGUCGACUACACAACCAUCUGCCCUGUGACCGCAGCCGAGACCGGGGUUCCCGCGAACCCUACCCGCGUCUCUGCCACUCCUUCCACCCAGUAUGCGACAUCCACAGUGUACACCACUGCAGUCCAUACCGUUACUGCCUGUCCCUCGUCUGUCAAGAACUGCCCUGCCUCGGAGAAGACCACUCACGUCACCACUGAGACUGUUCCUGCGUACACUGCGACCUACACUGUUGUGGUUGGUGAACCCGUCACCACGGCCCCAUCAACCAAGGUAUCUGGCUCAUCUGAAGGAGAGGUGUACACUACGUCAAUCAUUUAUGAGACCGUUGUGUCUGCUGCCACUCUUACUGCCUCCGUGGAAGGUGAAUCUUCUCCCAAGGAGACGGUGUCUGUGUACACUACUGUUGUCCCGGUUGGAACGACUGUAUACCCAGUGAGUGGAAGCGUCAGCUCUACUAAAGCCGCUGCCGGCUCCAUUGUUUCUUCCAAAUCUGGGUCUGAAGCUGCCGGUGCCAUCGAAUUUGGUCAGACUAAGACCGUCGCGGAAACUACUGCGGCAUCUGGUCAAGGUAGCACAUCUGGAAGUACAUCGGGAUCUACCGAGGGUGCAGCAGCAGCAAAUGCUCAGUCUAGCGCCUCGGGUAGCAGCUCUAAAGCUACCCAAGGUGCCGGUGCCGCAUCUUCUGUCGAAAGUAACACCUCCAGCAGCACAUCGAAAGAUGCUCAGGGUGCUGCUGUAGGAAGUGCUGAGGGUAGCAUGGCCGGAAGCACCGGAGUCAGCACCACUGGAACAACCACCGGCAGCACUUCAGGAACAGCUGGAGAUAGCACUGCUGGGACUACUGGAGAGGCUACCACAGUCAGUUCUGGAGGCAGCACUGGAGGUAGCACCGAUACUACUGGAGGGACUGCCAGUGGAUCUGCCCAAGGCAGCACUGCGGAAAGUACCACUGGAAAUGCCGCAGAAAGCAGCACGGUUAGCACAUCAGGGGAAGCCGAAGGUAGCACAACCGGAAAUGCCAAAGGUAGCACUGCAGCCGACACUGCAGGAGCCUCUACAGGGAUCACCACAGGUAACACAUCGGGAGCUGCCGCCGUGGGUAGCACGACCCAAAGCCUCACCGGAACCACUGAAGAUGGCACGGGCAAUGACCCCGUCGCCUCCAGUGGCGAGGGCUCAUACUCAUCCUCAUCCUCUUCCAGCGGCUCCAAUGCCCAGGACACUUCGGAGGAUGGAUCUAUUUCCGUCACGGCUGCCGGAUCAAUCCCUACUAUGCCUUCCAAGGGCCAUGCUACUUCUCUGGUUUCCUCUGCCAGGUACCCUGUCAGUCCUUCUUCCUCGAUUGUCGCCCCCUCCAAGGCCAGCCAUCACUCCGUUUCUUCACCUACUACUCCGGUUGCGUCCGCUUUGUUCACGGGCGCGGCGUCGUCUUUCUCAGUUUCGUCUGGGCUGGGAUGGACUUUGUUGGGUGUUUUCGGGGCGCUGUUCCUGUAAAUUAGGAUACGGAUAGGAG